AUAAAUCUUACAAAGAUUCUUUCCAAGAUUCCCGUUUUAAUUCUUACCAAGAUUCUUGCCAAGAUUACCUUAGUAAAUCUUACCAAGAUUGUUACUAAGAUUCCCUUAAUAAAUCUUACCAAGAUCCUUGCCGAGACUCAAGUAGUAAUUCUUACCAAGAUUCUCGCCAAGUUUCCCGUAGUAAAUGUUAUUAAGAUUUUUACCAAGAUUCCUCUAGUAAUUCUUACCAAGAUCUUGCCAAGAUCUCGGUAGUAAAUCUUACUAAGAUUCUUCCCAAGAAUCCCUUAGUAAAUCUUAACAAGAUUCUUAUCAAGAUUCCUGUAGUUAUAUCUACCAAGAUUCCUUUAGUAAUUCUUUAGGUUUCCUUAGCUAUUCUUGCCAGGAUUCUUUUCAAGAUUCCCGCUAUAAUUCCUACCAGAAUUCCCGUAGUAGCUCUUACCAAGAUUCUAGCCAAGAUUUCUAAAAUAAUUUCUUCUUGUUUAAGAUGCUAUAGCAUCUGGUCUAGAAUUGUUGGUGAUUCCAUAGGAUUUUGUUUAGGAUCGUGUACGAUCUCAAGGAUUCUCUAAAAUAUUCAAGGAUCUUGUAGGAUUUUAUAUAAUUCUGUCUAUAAUAUUGAAGGAUGUUUUUCAGAACUGAUUAAGAACUGCUAAGAUUCCAUAGAAUUCCUGUAGGAUUUUGAACGAUUGCAUAGGAUCUUUUCUAUUGCCCUGCACGAUCUUCUUUAGAUUUGAUAUAGAUUCAAUAGGAUCUUUCUGAAACCUUCUCUUUGCACUAACUUCCUCCAGCAUUACCUUACUAGUUCUUGUCAAGUUUCGUAUUAAGUUUCCCGUUUAGAUUUUUUAUGUGAUAAAGAUUCAAUAGGAUCUUUUUAAAACCUCCUCUUUCCAUUAACUUCCUCAAAUAAGAACUUGUUUAUUUCUUAAAUAAAUUCUUAGCUUCUUGUCUAAGAUGCUAUGGCAUCUUGCCUAGAAUUGUUGACGAUUCCAUAGGAUUUUGUGUACCAUCCUGUACGAUCUUAUAGAAUUCUCUAAGAUCCUGUAGAAUUUCAUAUGAGUUUGUCUGUAAUACUGUAUUAUCUUUUUCAGGGUUGAUAAGAAUUUCUUAGGCAAGAUUGACACUAUGCUCUUGAGUCGUUCAAAAUGUCCUCUAAGAUCCAAUAGCAUCUUGACUAAAAUUAUUAACCAUUUUGCAGGAUUUUGUCUGGGAUUCUAUGAGAUCCUGUAGGAUCUUGUAUGAUUCCACUGUUUAAAAUUUUAUAUAGUCCUGUGGAGUCCUUUCACGCUUGUCUAAGAUCCCAUCACCAAGCAAUAGGAUCCUGUACAAUCUUAUAGGAUUCUCUAGGAUACUGUAUGAUCCAAUAGGAUUUGACAUGAUCUUCUUUAUAAUACUCUAGGAUCAUUUCCAGAACUGAUAAGGAUUCCAUAGAAUUCCUGUAGGAUCUUGUACGCUUUCAUAGGAUCUUGUCCAUAAACCCGCAGGAUCAUCUCCAGAUUUAAUAUAGAUUCCAUUGCAUCUAUUUACAGCUUCUCUUUGCAUUAACCUGCUCAAAUAAGCACUUGUAUAUUUCUUAAUUAAGAUACUAUAGCAUCUUGUCUAGGAUUGUUGAGGAUUCCAUAGGAUUUUGUUUAGCAUCCUGUACGAUCUUAUAGGAUUCUCUAGGAUCCUGUUGGAUUUCAUAUGAUCUUGUCUUUGAUACUGUAUUAUCCUUUUCAGAGUUAUUCGGAUUCCAUAGGCACGAUUUACAAGAUGCUGUUGAGUCGUUGAAAAUCUUGUCUAAGAUCCCGUAGUAUCUUUUCUAAAGUUACUUGUUUAAAAUUUAAGAGUGCUGUGGAGUCCUCUGAUGCUUGUCUAAGAUCCCAUACCCAUGCCAUAGGAUCGUGUACGAUCUUAUAGAAAUCUCUAGGAUAGUGUAGGAUCCUGUAUGAUUGCAUCGUUUGUCGUUCAAAACAUUGUCUAAGAUCCCAUACGAACUUAACUAAAAUUAAUAACGAAUUUAUAGGAUUUUAUCUAGGAACCUGUGAGAUUCUGUUGGAUCUUGUAUGAUUCCACUUUGUUAAAAUUUUACAGAGUGCUGUGGAGUCCUUUCAUGUUUGUCUAAGAUUUGAUACCCAUCCCAUAGGAUCCUGUAUUAUCUUAUACGAUUCUCUCGGAUACUGUAGGAUCCUGUAGGUUUUUAUAUGAUCUUGUCCAUAAACGGAUUUUAUAGAAUUCCUGUAGGAUCUUUUACGAUUGCAGGGAUCUUAUCUAGUAUCCUGCAGGAUCUUGUCCAGAUUUAAUAAGGAUUCCUUAGGAUCUAUAUUAAACCUUCUCUGUUUAUUAAACUGCUCAAAAAGACACUUGUAUAUUUCUUAACUUAGAUGCUAAAGCAUCUUGUCGAUAAUUUUUGAGGAUUCCAUAGGAUUUUUUUUUUUUAAAAGGGAAAUAUCCUUUAAAGAAUUACUACGGGAAUCUACGCAAGAUUUCUGGUGAGAAUUACUACGGGAAUCUUGGCAAAACUCCUGGCACCAAUUAUUACGCGAAUAUUGGUAAGAUUUACUACGAUAAUCUUGGUAAGAAUCUUGGUAAGAAUUAUUAAAGCAUUCUGGGAAGAAUUCUGGUAAGAUUUACUACGGGGAUGUUGGCUAGAAUCUUGGUAACAAUCCCUACUGUAAUCUUCUUACGCAUCUUUGCAAGAAUUACCACGAGAGUCUUGGUAAGAUUUAGUCAGGAAAUCUUGGUAACAAUUACUACGGGAAUCUUGGAAGGAAUCUUGGUAGGAAUAAUCACCGGAAUCUCGGUAAGAUUUAUUCCGGGAAUCUUUAAAAAAUAGCUAAAAGAAUCUUGGUUAAAAUCUUGUUAAGAUUUACGAUGGAAAUUCUUACCAAGAUUCUUGCCAUCAUUCCCUUACUAAAGGUUAUCAAGAUUCUUGCCAAGUUUUCCCUAGUAACUCUUAGCAAGAUUUUUGCCAAGUAUCCGUAGUAACUCUUACCAAGAUUCUUCCCGACAUCUGCGUAGUAAUUCUUACCAAGAUUCUUCCCAAGAUUCCCUAAGUAAAUCUUAACAAGAUACUUACCAAGAUUCCCUUAGUAAAUCUUACAAGGAUUUUUACCAAGAUUUCCGUAAUAAUUCUUGCCAAGAUUCUUGCCAAGAUUCCCGUACUAUUUCUUGCAAAGAUUAUUGCCAAGUUUCCCUGAGUAAUUCUUGCCAAGAUUCUUAUUGAGAUUCCCGUAGUAAUUCUUACCAAGAUUUUUACCAAGAUUCCCGUAAUAAUUCUUACCAAGAUUGUUACCACGAUUCCGGUAGUAAUUCUUACAAAGAUUCUUGCCAAGUCUCUCUUAGUAAUCCUUGCCAACACUCUUACCACGAUUCAAGAUUUAAGAUUUAAGAUUCUUUCAGUAGUAACUCUUACCAAGAUAUUUGCCACGAUUCCAGCAGUAACUCUUACCAAGAUUCUUACAAAGAUUUCCGCAGUAAUUCUUACCUAG